CUGACACUUUCCACUCAAAUCUCAACGCACCCCUCUCAUUCCCCACAGCCAAAGAAAACCACAAUUUCACCUAAAACGUCAUCGUUUUCUUCUUCUUCUUCCUCGCAUGGAUUGAAUCAUGGAUUCAAAACUCUGUUUCUAAUUCGGGAACAAAAGCAACAGCCUAUUUGUUUUACUCAACCUCCGAGCUCACCAUGUCGAAAGAGAGCUCAACUGUUCGAUUCCCGCCUCGAAACGUUUCGAAGAACUCACAAUCUGAACCGAACGAGAACGAGUUCGAAGCCUCGUCGAACCAAAUCCAUUUUCCUCCUCCUAGAACACCUCUAAACAGCAUAGCAGAUCCAGCUCAGCUGCAAAAGGAGCUUCAUGAACUCGAUUUCGAUUCACAACCGAAGUUUGAAGCAAUUCGAUCUGGUCGGUAUUCUUUAUCGGAUAGAAAACUUGAAGCCCCGGACAGAGCUGGAAAUGGCGGUCUCAGCUAUGGAACUCCUAGGGUUUCAGGUCGCGGAGGGAAGGCGCACUCGGAGCCAAACUCAGCGCAAAGCACUCCGGCGAGGAACGGCUCGAGAGCUUCGAUUGGUGGAGCAGUUUGUACAGGAAGCAAAGCUCCACAGUACAAUGGAGGCAGAGCAGGGAGUUGUUCUAGAAUCUCCCGGGAGAUUUCGGUGGUGAAUGCAGAGGUUUUAACUCAGGUUCCACAUUUCGAGCUCGCCGAAGAUUCGUCGUUCUGGACUGAUCACAAUGUGCAGGUGCUGAUUCGAAUUCGGCCAUUGAGUAAUAUAGAGAGGGCUUCGCAAGGGCACGGUGGGUGUUUGAAGCAGGAAAGCGCCAAGACUUUGGUGUGGCAUGGUCAUCCUGAAACCAGAUUCACAUUUGAUCAUAUUGCAUGCGAGACAAUAUCACAGGAAAAGCUGUUCAAAGUUGCUGGGUUGCCCAUGGUGGAGAAUUGCUUGUCUGGUUAUAAUAGCUGCAUGUUUGCUUAUGGUCAGACGGGCAGUGGCAAAACGUACACAAUGAUGGGUGAAAUAUAUGAGGUUGAAGGACAGCUCAAUGAAGAUUGUGGGAUUACUCCACGCAUUUUCGAAUAUUUGUUUAAGAGGAUCAGAGUGGAAGAGGAGAGCAGGACAGAGGAACAGUUGAAGUACAGCUGCAAAUGCUCCUUUCUUGAGAUUUACAAUGAGCAGAUAACAGAUCUCUUGGAGCCUUCAUCAACUAAUCUACAACUCAGGGAGGACCUGAAGAAAGGGGUAUAUGUUGAAAACCUUACAGAAUAUAAUGUGAGGGAUGUUAAUGAUGUUGUCAAGCUUCUGUUACAGGGUGCUUCAAACAGAAAAAUGGCGGCAACACACAUGAACAGUGAGAGCAGCCGGUCCCACAGUGUUUUCACUUGUAUCAUUGAAAGCCGUUGGGAAAAAGAUUCCAUGACCCAUUUUAGGUUUGCAAGGUUGAACUUAGUAGAUUUAGCUGGUUCGGAAAGGCAGAAAAGCUCUGGUGCAGAGGGAGAUCGUUUGAAAGAAGCAGCAAAUAUUAACAAAUCAUUAUCAACUCUUGGGUUGGUGAUAAUGUCUUUAGUUGAUUUAGCACAUGGGAAACAUAGACAUGUUCCUUAUAGAGAUUCAAGACUUACGUUUCUGCUUCAGGAUUCUCUGGGUGGGAACUCAAAAACAACUAUAAUUGCCAAUGUCAGCCCAUCUAUUUGUUCUGCAAAUGAGACACUCAGCACUUUGAAGUUUGCCCAGCGUGCCAAACUUAUCCAGAACAAUGCUAAAGUGAAUGAAGAUGCUUCAGGUGACAUAACUGCACUUCAGCAACAAAUCCAACAGCUAAAGGGCCAGUUGUCCUUCCUAAUGAAGCACCAUAAUAUCUCAUGGUCUUCAUCAAGUGGCGUGCCAAGUAUUGAAGAACCUAGAUUCAAUAAGUUGCCUGAGGAAUAUGAUGACUCUCUGGAAGAUAAAAUGCCAACUGAUAAUCUUAAGUUACCAAGUAUCAGAAACAAGAAGAUGAAAUGCAUGGAUACCAUCUUAGUUGGUGCUUUAAGGAGGGAAAAGAUGGCAGACAGUGCAGUCCAGAAGUUGGUGGCUGAAAUUGAAGACAUGAACCGCUUGGUUUGCCAAAGUGAGGAGGAUGCUGGACAUGCUAAAAUGAUGCUAAGGUUUCGUGAGGAAAAAAUUAAACGACUUGAAUUGUUGACCGAUGGAAUGCUGUCGGCUGAGAAGUAUCUCAUGGAGGAGAACAAGGCUUUACUUGAAGAGAUUCAGCUGCUGCAAGCAAGAUUUGAAAGCAAUCCAGAAUUGACCAGAUAUUCUGUGGAGAACUGUAGACUUCUCGAGCAACUUAAAUUGUACCAAAAGUUUUAUGAACAUGGAGAGAGAGAAACAUUGCUAGCUGAAGUAUCAGAACUACGCAAUCAGCUUCUGGAUAUACUUCAAGGAAAGCUUCCAUUCUCAACAGAAAAUGAAAAUCAGAAUAGUGAUACCAUAAAGGAAUUGGAAGAUUGCAGGAACAUGAAUUCUAAAUUGAUCAGGGAAGUAGAUGAACUACAACUAGAAUUUCAAAAGUAUAUGAACUCCAGUCAAGCUGCCUCCGGUUCUGCAAGAGAUUCUUUCUCCAAGGAUACUGAGGAAUUCAGGCAAUCAGAUAAGUAUUCGAUGGUUGAAACCCUAUCUAUGGGGAGUGACUCUGGAGAUGAAACGGCAUCUUACUCCCAGGAGGAAUGCUGCAGAGGCAUGUACAUAUCAAGCAACAACGACAAAAUAGAAAUCCAAUCGGAGGUGAAACAUGAACGUCAUUAUCUGAAAUCAGGUGAUUUACAUAAGGAAAACAAAUGUAUUAUGGAGAUCAGUGAAGACGUUGAGAGGAAGGCUUUGCAAGCUAAAUUGGACAAAAUGGUUAAGGACCUGGAGGAGGUCAGAUUACUCAAUAGCCACUUUCAAGAGGAUCGGCUAUUACAGUUGUCUCACCAGAAACAGACAGAAAUAGUCUGUGAACAGGUUGAGAUGGAGACAGCAAACACAAUUCUUCAUUUACAGGAAGAGGUUGCUGCCCUUCAGUUUGAACUUGAUGAGAGAUUACACUGCAUGAUUCAGGAAAAUAAGGUACUGAAAAACACCAUUGCAGCUAAAGAGGACGAGAUAAGGUCACUGAGUGUGGAGUGGGAAAAGGCAACCUUUGAACUAACAAGAUUCCUCCUAGAUGGUUCUAGAUCCCUAAAAAAUGCCUCCAGCCAAAUAGAAAGUAUUGCUUGUUCAUUUCCUCAAGCUAAUGUUUGUAUUAGUGAAGAUGUCCAGAGGGCUGCCAAAGUUUGCAUGGAAAAGGAAGAAACAAUUGAACUACUUCAAAAGAGUUUGGAAGAUGCGCAAAAGAUGGUAACAGAAAUGGGACAGAAGUUAAGUUCCUUGAAGGGAGCAGCAAUUGUUUUAAGUGAACUCCAACAUCUAGAUAAUGAUGAAACCAAAGAGGAAAUUUCCUUCUGCAUGCGGUUGGAUGAACAGACCAACAUGGUAGAGAUGCUAGAGAGGAAACUUAUAUUCAAGGAAAUUCAGAUCAAAGAAGCAGAAAAUUGUGCCAAUGCUGCAUUCCUGGUAAUAAAAUGGCUUACGGAUCAGAAGGCAACAGAUAAAACAGAGAGAAACAUUCCCAUCUCAAUACUAGGUACACCAGCCGGAAUGGCCAGCGAGAAAAGUUCUGACACAAAAGUAAAUGCGUUAAGAGAGCAUUCCAAAGUUUCUCAGUUUUGUACAGUUGAGUCGCUAUCAUUAGAAGCACACAAGUAUCUGAAGUCUAAAGAUAUUUAUCACAUGAUUCUUGAAAUAAAAAAUGAGCUCACUGUAGCAAAUGGUAGAUUGAAAAUUACUGAAGAUUUCAUUUACACAAAAGUAAAUGUGCAUGAUUGCCCUUCAGCAGACAAAAGUUUAGAAGAUGAAGAUGAAUGGAGUACUGAUAGUACUACGUCAAGCUGUGAUUCUUCAACCGAAAGUUUUGCUUCUGGAAACAAAUUGUGGGCACUAGAAGGGCAAACGGGGGACCUGAAAGUUAAAGAAGGCUCAGUACUUCAGUCUGCUGAUCAAGAUCCAGAAGAGUCAAAGUGGGUCUUAAAAACUUUCACGGACUCUAAAGGAGCAACAUUCUGCCUGAAAAAAGAAUUAGAGAUGGCACUUGAUGCUUUCAACAAACUAUAUGUUAGGCUAGCCACACUCAUUAGCGAGUUGGACAUUGGAGGUUGUUCUCAACCAGCUGGGCUGAAACAACUUGUUCCAUUGUUUGAGUCAGGGACGGAGAGUUCUUAUGGUUGUCAUGCUACAAAAAAGGUAGUUUCUGAUGAGAAGAGUGAUUUUGCUAGUAGCUUCUUAACCAAAUUUGAAGAAGCGCAUGCAACAAUAAAAGAAGCUGAUGUUAUGUUAAAUGCCUUGAUGGAAGCAAAUGAAAAUGCAAAAGAAUUGACUGGUCUGUGGAAACAAACUGGUGAGGAACUGAUGUUAGAGAAAGCAAGCUUUAUUGAAGAAGUUGAACAUCUCAAAAAUUCAGUACGUUUGAAAGAAAGAGAGAAUGAACUACUGCAGGAUCAAUCUCGUUAUAAUUUGGUGGAGAUAGCAAAAUCAUUGUCUUUGCUUGAAGAGUGUUUUAUGCAAUUAAAAAGUGAAGUGGAGGACAGGUUCAAAGUAUUAUAUGCUGACACUUUUUCUAUGGGAAGGGAGAUACACUGCUUCAUUAGCAAAUCAAGAUCAUUACUAGAAGAAAUAUGCGCUGAGACAUUGGAGAAAAAAUUUGCCAUAUUUGUCCUUCAUCAGUGUCUCACAGGAGAGCUGAUCCACAAAGUACCAUGCUUUAACGUUGGAAGUGGUUUCUGCUCCAGCCAACAGCAAGAAGGCCUUUCAAUUACAAACAAACAACAAAAAAUCUGGUCAAAUUGUGAGGAUGACAUUGCACUUACUAGUAACAUCUCCAAAGACGAUAAUGAUCGAAGUGGAGUCACAAAUUUGAAAGCUGGUGAGCUCAGUUUGUCCCGUGAUAGUUUGAUGCAUGAGAAUUUAUCACUGAAGGAAGAACUGCAACGGAAAGAUGCUCUACUGGAGGGCUUGCAUUUUGAUUUUAGAAUGUUGCAGGAAUCAGCAUCCAACACAAUGGAUAUAAAGGAUGAAACUGAAAAGCUGAUAAAAUCUUUGAGCCAAAUUCAGAAUGAACUAAAAAUAAAAACAUGCCAGCUUGAUGACACGCUGUUUCAACAUAAAAAGCUCGAGGAUCAUCUUACUGAUACUGAAAGGGUUCUGCUUUUAUCAAAUUCUAAUCUUGAGCAGGCCAAAGAUACAAUCAAUACUCUUUCAGAGCAAAAUUUUGAGUUGAAAGUGCUUCUAAAUGAUCUCUAUCGCAAAAAUUCUGAAGCCAAUGAACAACUGGAAGAGCAGAAGGAAGUGGUGAAAGGUUUGGAAAAAGAAAUUCUUCAUUUGACUUCUUCAAUGGAAACAAAAUUACUCUGUCAAGUUGAAGGUAUCGAGGAUGAGUUGAGAAGGGUCAUCAGCGAGAGAGACGGACUUCUUGAAGAAGUUGCGUCCCUGAACGAUAAACUUGAGAUGGCAUAUGCAGUAUCUGAUGAACAUGAGGCUAUCUCUAUUGAAGCUCGCCAGGAAUCUGAGGCAAGUAAGAUGUAUGCCGAACAAAAGGAAGAGGAGGUUAAAAUAUUAGAACGCUCUGUUGAGGAGCUGGAAUGUACCAUCAAUGUACUGGAAAAGAAGGUAUAUGAGAUGAAUGACGAGGUAGAAAGGCAUCGGUUGAUCAGAGAUGCACUAGAGCUGGAGCUACAAGCUUUAAGACACAGACUGUUAACAGUUGAAAAUUUCGGUGAAAAUGCGGACUCAGAAAACAUGAAUUCUGAACAAGCUGAAAAUCUGAUUUCUAGGCAACUGCAGAGUAGGCUACUGGAACUUCAUGAGGCUCAUAAUAAGAUAAAGCUUCUUGAAGAGGAAAGAGCAGAACAGGAUAAAGAGAUCAAACAAUACAAAGAAUACAACUCUGAACUCGUGUUGCAUGCUGAAGCCCAGACGUCACAGUACCAACAGAAGUACAAGACUCUUGAGGCCAUGGUUUGUGAAGUAAAAGCAGAUAAGACAGAUUCAGCAUCAACAGCUGCGGCAUUAGAAAAAUCUGAGAGGAGCUCAAUGAGGACAAGGGGCUCUACGGAGAAGGAUCAGGAAUUGUCUAUAGCCGGGCAUCGCAUUGAAGAACUAGAGGCACUUGCAGCCAGUCGGCAGAAGGAGGUAUGUUUGCUGAACACUAGGCUGGCUGCAGCAGAAAGCAUGACACAUGACGUCAUUCGGGAUUUACUUGGUGUCAAAAUGGACAUGACCAACUAUGCAAACUUGAUAGAGCAGUACCAGGUUCAAAAGUUAGUAGAAGAGGCUCAUCAGCAAACAGAAGAAUUCCAAGAAAAGGAGCAAGAAAUUCUCAACUUGAGGAAGCAGAUAACUGAUCUAAUAGAGGAAAGACAGAGUUGCAUAUCCGAAAUAAAUAAAAAGGAGGGGGAUAUAGUGGCUGCCCAGAUGACUGUGCAACAACUCCAAGACAGGGAUCAGUUGCUCUCUGCACAGAACGAGAUGUUGAAGGUGGAUAAGACCAAUUUAAAGAGGAGAGUGGCGGAACUGGAUGAAAUGGUAAAAACAAUUCUUGGAACACCAACCAUACACCAGCCAAUUCAACAUCCACAUACAUCCAAGCCCAAGAAUAAUAGCUCGUUGAAAUUGCAUGAAAUUGAUUUCACCAAGAGGCUGGAACAGUCUGAGAAGCAUCUUUCUCGAGUGAAUGGUGAACUUGCCCAGUACUUCAAAUCUGCAGGUGGCGGUCAUCCACGUGACAAACGCUUGUCGCGUUAGAAACAGAUUUAUAUAUUAUAGGUGAGUGAUUUUUUUGUGAAUGGAUGGUGCAUGAAAAGAUUGAACUCAGACAUUCUUCAUUUUGGUAAUUCAUAAUAUUGGCCCACGGGAAGCAGAAGAUUUAAGUCUGGAUGGAGUCAAAUGCUUCUGCAAAAUUCCUGUUGUCUGGCAUUAUUUUGAUGUCUAUAAAGCACAUAGCUUGGAUGAGUCGUGGGUUCAACUCGUGUGUUUUUGUGUAGGUUGAUACCAAAACAGAACAAUUUGUUUUUUGGUUGGU